AUGCCGAAUUCAUCAUCAAAGGGAACGUGGCCCUCUUGCGCUGUGAGAUAUCCGGGAACGGGAAAGAGCAAAUAUGCUGUAUUUGCAACAGGUGAACUUCAUGUGCGACAUGUGGAUGAGGUAGAUACUAACCGGAAGUACCGUUGUCAGGUGCAUAAUAAGUUGAGUCGAGAAACGAGAAUCAGCGAUCAGUGGGCAAGAAUCAUUAUGACAGAGCCACAUGGUUUCGUUCCACCAAGAAUUGUUCACUGGAAAAGAGACGUCCACGGUCAAAAUGGAGAAACAAUAUGGCUUCCUUGUGUAGCCCAUGGCUAUCCCGUUCCCACAGUUCGCUGGUACAGGCAAGACUCUGGUCUAAUGACAUCCUUUACAUCAAACCAUAGAAUAGUUGAGCAAGAAGGAAUGUUGGUGAUUCACAGAUCUACGCUGCAAGACACAGGAAAAUAUGUUUGUGUGGUUAAUAACAGCAAAGGACAAGAGCAAAUACAUACACUUCUCACAGUCAGAGACACUUUACGAGCCGUUAUCAGUCCUCCUCAAACACUUGUGACAGUUGGGGCAUCUUUAUCUCUCCGGUGUGAAGUAACAGGAUCGCCAAUACUUUAUUUGAAAUGGAAGAAAAAUAUGAAACCGCUUGUCCUGGACAACAGAAUACGACAGCAAAGCAAUAACGUAUUAGAUAUUGCCAAUGUUCGAUUGGGGGAUGAAGGCAUUUAUCAGUGCUUUAUUUAUAACAGUGAAGAAUCAGCUCAAGGCAGCUCUACUGUCCUCAUACAAGGAAAGCCAACACCAGGUUCAAAAGGUCCCGAUGCGCUAGACUUUCGUAAAUUAGAUCCUGCUCAUUGCACAGCUGCCCCCAUGCGAUCAAUAGCUGAUCCACCUGUCAUCAUAUCUCGCUUUGAGGAACAAACCGUGAAUCCUGGGCACCCAAUCUCUUUGCGGUGCAUCGCAAAAGGACAUCCACUGCCUAAAAUAACAUGGACUGCCGAUGGUGAAAGCAUUCCUUCUUCAGCUCGUUUACGACUUGGCGACUUUGUUACCCAAGAUGGAAGCGUUGUCCAUAGCUUUCUCAACAUCAGUGCAGUUGAAGUUAGUGAUGGCAAAGACUACGCAUGCUUUGCAGAUAGUGAUUUCGGCAGAGCAUUUCAUCAAGCACGAGUAAAUGUAGUGUCUUCGCCUAUUGGUAGACCACCUCAGAAUAAGACCGCAUUAGUUGGUCAAACAGCUGUGUUCGUCUGUCCUGUAGCAGGAUAUCCAUUGACUCAUUUUUCAUGGGAAAAAGAUGGAGAAAGUCUUCCAAAUAACCAUCGUCACGAAGUCAAACCGAAUGGAAAACUGGUCAUUCAUUACGUGGAGAAAAUCACCGAUGAUGGUACUUAUUGGUGUACCGCUGGAAACAGCAGGGGUGUGUCUGCUAGAGGUCGUAUUGAUAUUCAUGUUGUUGCUGGUCCUGUUAUUGAUCCCUUCUCUUUUCCCGAAAACUUACGAGAGGGUAGACGCACCAGUUUGAAUUGCAUGGUUUCCGCUGGAGACCCUCCUAUAUCCUUCCGUUGGGAGAAAGACGGCGAACCCAUACAACCUACUUCUUUAGAUGUCACCGUCGAAUACCUAAAUCAGUACACGUCGACGUUGUUCUUUGAAAGGGCGCACCAGAAACAUAAUGGAAACUACACUUGUAUUGCUUCGAAUCCUUAUGCUUCGAGCAAUCAUACUGCUAGCAUGACACUGAACAUCCCUCCAAGAUGGAUAAUCGAACCAAAAGAUGUAGAGGUUGUUCAAGGGAGCUCUGUUCGAAUCGAUUGCCAGGCUGAAGGAUACCCAAGACCAAUUAUAAGAUGGAAACAACUCGUUGGCGUCCAUGGAUCACCUGAAGCAUUCCAAACAAUAAUGAGUAGCGCCCGGAUGCAAGUCCUUGAAAAUGGAUCUCUUCUGAUAUUGGAGGCAAACUCGAAUGACGGAGGGUCAUUUCUCUGUCAAGCAUUCAACAGGAUUGGGCCUGGGUUAAGUAAAAUGCUUACGAUAACGGUUCAUGUUCCGGCACAUUUCAAAACGAAGUUCAGCGCUCAUAAGGUGAAAAAAGGAGAACAAGUAAGCAUCAGCUGCAAAGCCCAAGGGGAUCGUCCCAUCACAAUUACAUGGUACAAAGACGGAGAAAUUCUCAGCAAUGGAACAAUUCCCAGAUACAGUAAGAGACAAUACGAUCACCAUGAUGGCAUGACUUCCCAACUCAGUAUCCAUUCUGCAAGACGCGAAGAUUCAUCCGUUUUUUCGUGCAGAGCGUCUAACCUUUAUGGACACGAUGAUUCCACUGUAGAGUUAGUCGUUCAAGAAGCCCCAGACCAUCCGAAUCAAGUUGAAGUGGUUCAUGCUGCAAGCAGAAUUGUGCACAUCAGAUGGGCGGUGCCUUUCAAUGGAAAUAGUCCCGUUAUUAGAUAUUUAAUUGUAACAGAAAAUACAAAAGGUAAAUCAGACUCGAAAAUAGUCACUAUGGAUGUUUCCGGAAGUCAAACUGACGCUACAGUAAGAGGUCUGAAACCGAGAACGAUUUAUAACAUUCAUGUAGUGGCAGAGAAUGCUAUAGGAAGAAGUUCACCAAGCAAAACACUAACCGUAACUACAGAUGACGAAGUUCCACGUACACCACCAUUACAAGUACGAGUGGUCCCAAUUAGCUCGAAUUCUCUAAAAGUAUACUGGCUGCCUCCUGAUCGCUCCGAUGAUGAAGGAGGAUCCAUCACUGGAUAUUAUGUUGGAUACAAAAUAACGAAAUCGGGAAAUCAGUACUUGUUCAAAACUCUGAAAGUGGGUGAAGAUUUUGAAAACGAAUGCGUCCUCACCAGUUUACAAAGUUCUACGGAGUACAGCAUUGUGGUUCAAGCUUUCAACGAAAAAGGACCUGGUCCUCAGUCUGAUGACGUUACUGCUCAAACUCUCAAAUUUGAUCCUCCGAAAAGCCCGAAUGUAGAAGCAUCAAAAACAACGACGAAUUCAAUACAAAUUAAAUGGGAAAACAGUGACGAAGUAGAAGGUUAUUUAGCCUACAUUCGAGAAGAAAAUGGCGAAUGGAAGGAAGCCACUUUACCUCGCGAUGUCUUCGCUUAUAAUUUCGAAAAUUUGAAAUGUGGGACAGUCUUUCAAAUAUACCUCGUGCCAUACACUUCUGGUGGGAAAGGCGAAAGAAGUCAGGUCUUGACUGUAAGAACAGACGGAAUAGUUCCAAAACCACCUCCGAAAGAUCAGUUUCUGCAAGUGAAUGCGUCUUCGGCUACGGUAUUUCUUUCCAGCUGGGACGAUGGUGGAUGUCCUAUUUCACAUUACUCGUUGCGGUACAGAGCUCAAAAUGAACAGAAAUUUACUGAAAUUCCAGUCUUGAGCCACAGACCAAGGGCCUUCAUAACGGGACUAAACCCUGGACAUUGGUAUAAGUUGAUUGCUGGAGCACGUAACUCUGCAGGAGAAAAGGAACGGGAAUAUGACUUUUUGACAAGGAGAGCAGAUUUGAGUAAAUCACACGGCAUUGGACCUCCCCCUCCUAUAGUUGCCGAAUCUUCAGCCAUGGAGCUCCAGAGACGAGUAGCUGUGAUAACUUCAGCUGUCUGUUCAGCCGUGGUACUGGUGGUCAUCCUCAUUGCAGCUUGUGCAGUUUUAACAAGGAGACGGAGGCAUAGGCCUGAAGGGCACGAUUCCGGAGCUGAUCGAAGAAGCACGGGAGAAAUUCAGAAGUCAGAAACAGUCGCCUUGAGUGCUUGGGAAAAACGUCCUAGAGCAGAUUCAUCUCAUAGAGGUUCUCAGUGCAGAGAAUCUCUAUAUUUACCCUGUCCUUACGCCACAGCAAGAUUGUCUCAGUUCUCGGUAGAUGGCGAUAAUGACGGAGUUCAUCAUUCCGUCUCUUUAGCCGGGAACGAACAUUCGUACGAUGUGCCUAUUCAAGUGGUCAGCAAGCUACAUUAACGAUUAAAAAUGAAUGACUGCUAUAUUUUUUGUAUGUAAAUACUAAUUUUUGAUUAAUGUGAAUGACGUGCCAGUUGUAUUUGUGAUUAUUUAUGGACAAGAAAUGUAUUUAUGCGUACUUUCAUAGUGAGAAAUUUUUUAUUUUUUGCGAAAACACUUUUCAGGAACCAAAAAUAUGUACAAAAUACCUAAUACUCUAAGUGAUUUUUGGAAAUUUUAGUCGAAGAAAUGUAGUCGGAAUCCCCGAAACGAAGUUAAAAAGCAUGGACGACACACAAGAUAGAGUAAACUUAAGCAUUAAAAAAAAAAAAAAAAAAAAAAAAAUCGGAUUUAUUUCUUUGAAGAAAAUAAAUGCGUACGGGGUCAUCAACUUCUAUCUUCUCAUACAUAAUAAUUUAACUUUCAUUCGAAAACAUUGAUUGCGUACCAUAUGGAAAAAUAAAACUUAAUUUUAUCAUGUAUUUUCCCUGGUCUUUCUACUUAUCUGCUUUUUCCCGUCUUUCUUUUCCCUAUAUUACGAGCUCGAAGUUUUACUUUUAAUUUUUCGGUUUUCGUGAAAGGAUGCUCUACGUCUUACGUCUCAAAUAUGGUGAGUAAGAUGCUCUUCGUUUAAUACAAACAGAACAAAAAAAAUCUUAUUUGGCGUUUUUGUGGGGUUUUUUCCUCUUCUUCUUUUUAAAAUAAAAAAUGACGAAGAAAAAUCAAGAAAUUAUUAAUUGAUAGAGUUGAAGACAGAGAGAAGGAUAUCUAUAGAGUCUGAGAAAAAAUUUCACAAUCUAUGAUACCAAAGAAUAGCUCAUGUGUUUGUUACAAAUGGUCGCGGAUAAAGUACGUAAGUUUACUACAAAUCAAAUAAAUGCGUUAAGAUGCCCAUUGUAGUAUGAAUACUAUUACAUUUACAAAACAUUUUCAUAGCUUUAUAAAAAUAAAUUGCUGCAAUAGAUCAUUUUCUCCCUAUCUAUGUUUUUCUACAAAACAUAUUGAGGCAGUGAGAAGCAAAAGGAUGUAAGUGGACAUCGUCAAGUUUUGAGUAAAACGCAUUUAAAGAUAACAUCCUGGGUAGACUUUCAUUGAAAUGUUUUUCUGCAAAAUGCAUAGCAGCAACCACCAGGGCUACUAGUACCAUGCCCCAAGACAGAGGAGAGGUUCACCUACCAUGUGUACUGGUUGUCUCCAAAUUUUUAAUUUUGCCACUUACAUCCCUUUGCUUCUCACUGCUUCAUGUGUAGGGAAAUGUGAGACAAAGUGAAUUAAGAUAACUUAUUUUUUUCAAAUUGAACAAGUUGAAAAUUUGUUCUGAAACUUGCGGUACAUAAAGAAAGAAUAAUAUAUUUUAUGAUAAAACUUGCAUUGAAACAUUAUUUUUAUUUUUAGCAGUAAUUUUGUACCUCCAAAAAAAGGAGAAAAUCUUCACUUCUUUUUUUCAUGAGGCAAAGUGAAAAAUAAAAUAUUUUUUGCAAUGAAACUUUUUCUAUUCGAUUAUUAAAGAUAUUCUUGAACAGAUAAAUGAGUAAGCAAAAGAAUUAAUGAAUAAAUAAAAAGGAAAUGAAACAAUAAAAUAAUAAUUAAAUAAGUUAAUAUAUGAGAAAAGAUAAAUGAGUGAAUAAAAUAGUAAAUGAAUAAUAAAAUAAAUAAAUAAGGGAAUUAAUAAAUGAAGGUGUGUAAAUGAAAUAAUUAAUAAAUGAGUAUGUAAGUGAUUUGAUAAAAGAUUGAAUUUGUAAAUAAAAUUAAUUAUUUCACUUUGCCACAUCCACUUUGCCAGUAUGCACUUGACCAACAGUACAAAGUACUUAAAAUACAAAAAAAAAGCUUUAUAUUAAACAAAUAAAUACUGCACUGAAUUCUGUAGGUUACUGUAGGUCUUAUUUAAUAUUUAAAAUGUUAAUAACAAGCAUUUUAUCAUUCCAUACUAACAAAAAUAAUUUUUGACUUACAUCAAAAUAUUAGAUCAUGAGUACAAUUUUUGAAAAUUGCUUGUAUUACCAUAUUCUUUGAUUUUCAGAUGUAAUUUUUUCUUGGCUGAAAUAGACUAUGUGUGUUACGUUAUGCAUGCAUCGUUGAAAUACUACUAGACAGGUGGAGCUAAAAGCAUGGUAAAUAUUUCACCAUUUCACUUUGCUUCACAUUCCCCUACAAUACAUUCUGACCAGAGGAAAACACAAAAUAUGUUGUAUUCGAAAACAAGAAGUUUUAGGUUGUACUAAUUGAUAUGAAGUUUUAAUAACUGAACACAUGAAUACAUUCCUUGCAAAAAAAAAAAAAAAAAAUGUGGCAACAAUGUACAUAAAAUGUAAUUCACACCUGCAUCGCUCAUCCUUUCUUCAUGGUGGACAGUGCUCCAGCCACCAUUUGGUUCUUGUGAUCCAACACUUUUUACAUAUUCAACAUCUGCUGUAAUCAU